AUGCCUCCCUCGGUACCUACAAAGUGGCUGCCCAAAGUUACUCCACCAUUCCCUCAAAGAUUGAAGAAGAGGGAUGAAGAUGUGAAGUUCCAAAAGUUUCUUUUCGUCUUCAAAACUCUUUCCAUUAAUCUUCCUUUGCUGGAGGCAUUGUUAGAAAUUUUGGGUUAUGCAAAGUUUGUGAAAUAUUUGGUUACUAAGAAGAGGAGUAUGGAUUUCGAAACGAUUGAGGCAUUCCAUAGUUGUAGUGCCAUUUUGUCGAGCAACAUGGUUGUCAAUAAGGAUGACCCGGAGAAAUUUACUAUCCCUUGCACUAUAGAGAUGUUUCAAUUCGCUAAAGCAUUGUGUGAUUUGGGGUUAAGUAUAAACUUGAUGCCCUAUGCCAUUUUCAAGCAACUUGGGCUAGGUGAGCCUAAACCUACCACUAAGCGUCUUCUCAUGACCGACCUCUCUAUCAAGUGCCCUACUGAUAUCCUUUAUGACAUUUUGGUGAAGGUAGAAAAAUUUAUAAUUCCAACUGAUUUUGUGAUCCUCGAUUGCGCGAUUGAUGCCGAGGUCCCUAUUAUUCUUGGUAGGCCGUUCUUGGCUACUGGAAAAUCUCUUGUUGAUGUGGAAACUGGUGAAUUGAAUUUUCAGGUAAAUGGUGAGGAAGUUACAUCCAAUAUUUGUAAAUCAAUGAAGCAACCAAGUGACCUCCAUGUGAUAUCGGUCAUUGAUGUGAUUGAAAAAGCGGUUGCAAGUGCGUAUGAAUUUUCUUGUGUUGGUGAGUCUUUGGUUGCCGUCCUUUUAUAUUAUGAUUGGGAGGCAAUUCAAGAUUAUGAUAGAGAUAGUGUCUGCUCUAUUGGGUUUAGAUUUUUAUUCUAA